AUGCGAAUUGCCAUGAGGGAGACCGAGCAUUUUGAAAAGAUGCGCCAUCUUUACGAAGAAGGACGCCGCGAUCUAGCGCUCACCGAACUUUUCGAAGUGGAGCUAGAGCUAGGUAAGCAAAAAGAUGAACUGGACCACUUCAACAAAACCCUACAACUGCUUCAGAAGGGUGUAACAACCGAAAGGGAGAUACGGGACAUGAAACGCAAAUAUGCUGAAAGACACAAAAGUUAUCUUGAAGAGCUCAGAACCAAUCGCAGACUGGCUGAUGAUCUCCGCACUAAAACAACUUUAACAGACCGUAUGAAGGUCGCACUGACCCAUCUCGGUAGAAAAUAUGAGCUACAAAAGUCUGAGCUGACGUCGUUGCUAAGGGUUGAUGCUGUUCACACAAAUGAAAUAAAGCGCCUACAGAGUGAACUCCAGAGACAGCAAACAGUUUUACACAAUUUUGAGGAAACAUGCACCAAGGAAGAUGGAGAGAACACCUUGGUGCAGGAUUCCAUCAAGAGCAAGUGCAUAGUUGAAUAUCGCCGCCUUCGUAAAGAGGCAGAUUGUGAAACAGUGACGCUGCGUCAACAUGUGAAAACCAUCAGACGGCAUCAUGAUUCUAUUCAAGAGGCCCUAAGGCAAUGUCAAAUGACAAGGGAAACCAUGGAGCUUCAGCGAAAAGACCUUGAACUGAAUCAUGAGCGCGCAAUGGUAACUCGUGCGCAGCUCCGGCAGCGAGGAAAGGAUCUGGAUCAGUCAAUCAUAAUUCUCGAAAAACGGAUGGACGAAACCCGCAAAGCCCUAAAGCUAACACAAAAAAAAAACAUUGAACGUGAGAUCGAACUGGCUAAGAUACAGGAACAAUUGCACGAGUUCCACUAUGUGAGGGACACAAGCAAGCAUCAGAAUCGGAUGAAUGAAGCGUUGCAGGCCUUACGCUCACUCUUUCCAAUCCGAGGCCGCUUAGUGGAACUUUGCGACAUCCCAAACACACGGUAUCGCAAUGCUGUCACAGUGGCUAUGGGCAAAAAUCUAGAGGCAGUCAUCGUUAACACUUCAGACAUUGCCAUCUCGUGUGUGGGAUAUUUGAAGGAACAACGCAUGCCACCGAUGAUCUUUCUUCCGCUAGACAGUGUUCAGGGCGAUUUAGUCGACGACCGCUUUUGCACGUUUGGUGGGACUUGCAAGCCUAUCAUAAACAUUGUACACUGUGAAGCCGGGGUAGAACCUGCGCUGCGGUUCGUCCUUGGACGAACUCUUGUAUGUGACUCUCUGGAAGAGGCAAAGAGAGUCGCAUACGGCAGUUCAGACGGCGAGCGAUUCAAAGUAGUUACGCUUGAAGGAACAAUGCUUCUCAAGAAUGGGGUGGUACAAGGCGGUCUGGCCGCCAUUCAAACGCGUGCUAAUAAAUGGGAUGAAAAGAAAUACACUGACCUCCGUGUGGCGUACGAACGUCUCCUCGAUGGGGCAACAAGUGGAAGCGAGGCGGAGCUGGCACGGACGUAUAUUACAAUUCGAGACAUGGAAUUGCGCCUGCAGUUUACGCAGAAACGCAUUCAAGUAGUGAACGCUGAAAAGGAUAUUAUUGAAGCCAAGUUGCAGAAUCUACUGGAAGAAAUUAAAAAACUAUCUGAUACAGAACAAUCACUUGAAGCGCGUGAAACACAUCUUAAACAGGAGUUGGAAAAUGUUGGCAAAGAAAUGUUGAAAACAUCACAGGUCAUUGCUAAAGUGGAGGGUCGCGUCUUUUCAGAGUUUCAAAAAAAAAACAGUAUUCCUAACAUUCGGCAGUUUGAAGACGGGCAUGCAGAACUUGAAAAGCAACGGGCAGAUCACCGACGGCAGCUCCAGCUCCUCAUUCAUAAGCUGAAGCAAGCAAUCGAGGUGGAGGAGAGUCGACUCAAUAAUCAUUUGCUCGCCGACACAAAGCAAGCUUGUGAACGGCUGGUGAAGGAAAUGGCAGAGCGUGAUAAAAAUUUUAUUACUCACCAAAAUAGCCUUGACGCCUCUGAGAAGGCGUAUAAGCGCAUUAAACUGGCAGCACACAAAUCUAGCGAGGAUCUAGAGACGCUGGCCAAUGAAAUUCGAAAGGUCAUGGCAAACUCAGAGACUAUGUUGAAUCGUUUGGCUCAUGCCCGCAAGGGCGUCACUGCACUGCAGGCAGCAUGCAACACGCUGCGUUUGCGUCGGGUUAAUAUGGUGCAACGUUGCCAGAUGGAUGGAAUAGAGCUUUUGUUAAAGACAGAAGCUAGUAUCGACUCCAAACGGGAGCACCCAAAGAUCGCUACUUGUGGUAGCAACGAAGGGCGAAUGCAACAUCUCAUGCAAUCGGAGUUGUUCACACUACUAACCAGCUUACCGGGUAACUGCAACUCCAACGGUAGUGAUGAUCCAGAAACAAAGGUAUAUAUCGACUUUAGCGGUCUAUCAUCCGCUCUACGGGAGAUUGCAGCUGAUAGAUCUAGCUUUUCUUCUUACAAAGAACGCAUAGAAGCUUCAAUUGAAAAUGCAUCUAUAGAAAUGGAGGCUCUUGCGCCGAACAUGAGAGCCGCAUCACUUCAUGUGACGUCUGCGGAUCGUCUCGGGGCCUCCUCCACAGUGUUGGAAGCAGCACGUGAGCAAGUACGAAAGGCGUACGCGGACUUUUUACGGGUAAAGGAGAUGCGCACCGCAAGAUUCAUGGAAGCAUUUGGGAAAAUUACAGCCAGCGUUGAUCAGAUAUAUCGAGAACUCACGCUCAGCACCAAGACCCAUGGUGUGUGUGGGUCCGCGUAUCUAAGCCUUGAAAAUAUAGAGGAGCCGUAUUUGGGAAGCACUGUAUAUCAUGCCACGCCGCCACUGAAGCACUUCAUGCCGAUGGAGCUUCUCUCUGGUGGAGAACGCACAAUGGCUGCUUUGGCAUUGCUCUUUGCAAUUAAUGAUGUUUCAGCAACACCAUUUUUUAUUUUGGACGAAGUUGAUGCUGCACUUGAUGCUGUAAAUGUCGGGAAUCUAGCGAACUUUCUGCGUAAUAAAAGUUCUACCUGUCAAUAUGUGGUAGUAUCAUUAAAAGAUCAACUCUAUCACAUGUCCGAUUUCCUUAUCGGCGUUUUGAAGGACAAAGAAAAGAGCACCUCGAGGGUAUUAACAAUGGACUUGGGAGGUUUUCCUUAUUAA